GCCCGGGAAAUAAGGAAGGGAAAAUCGAUAAAGAACGGUUUCCAACAUGGUGCUGUAGUUUGUUGCGUUCUAUUCCUUCUUACGCACAGAUCACUGCGUUGCUGUGAUCUGUUUUCUCGUUCUCUUUGUUGGCUGGCGGUGUAUUAUUUGCUGUGGCUUUUGUGUGUGCAUAUUUGUGCGUGUCGCUGCGCGGUGUAGCGUUUUUCAUCAUCCGAAAAAUGGGGGGAAAAAACUCUUGCACUCCACACACGUAGAAUCGAUGUUUUCCUUUUCCGUCGUUUUUCUUAAUAACAGCCGUAUCAGUUUCGUGCGAACGUGUCCGAUCCUUUUUGCGUGAAUUAAACAUAAAAUGCAUACACAGCCCGUGUGAAGGAUAGUUUUGAAUAAGAAGCAUACAUUAGCGUUGCAUCCUUGUAACUGGAAUGGGACAUGAAAAUGGAAGCACCCCUGUUGGAAAUAACCGCAAAAAAGAAAAAGAAGUUCCCUUAAAUUUGCGAAAUGGUUGUGCGGCUUAAAGGACAUUCGCAAAAAUCAAAGCACACAUUUGCAUUAUGUUGAACGUGUUGACCAGUACAGAUUUUUCUUUAGUUGGCUUUGGAUAUUACUUGAUCCAGCUACUGCGAAAGUAGAAUUUAGAUAUCCUUUCCCAUUCAUUCCCGGCAAAACAUCUCUAAAACGAGAAAAGUGUUAAACAAGGGAAAGAAUUGUACAGUGCGUGUAUAUGUAUAUAUAUAUAAAUUUGUGUGUAUGUGUGUGUGCGAACAAUAGUUUUAGAUUGCCGCUAAGAUACACCCGGGUGGUCACCAGCAGCAGCAGCAGCCGCACCAACCAGUGAAGAGACCGCACGACGAUCACGAUUCGGGGCCAGAAUUGAAAAAGUUCGGUGGACAGUCUGAUUACAAUAAUGCUAGCUCGCCUACUGGCAUGAGUCAGGCUGCGAUGCAAGCCGCCGCCCAAGCUGCAGCAGUAGCCGCCCGUCUGUCGCAGAACAACAGCAGCAACAACCAGAACAACUUCAACGCUCCUAACGCUCCCGGAGGCGGUGGAUCGCAGGACCCGAACCAGCGAGUGCGCGAACUAAUCAGCAAGAUGGUAAACCACGGCCCAAUGGACAACGGAAAUCAUCCGGGCCAAGGUGGUGGUGGCGGCGGCGGCGGUGGAGGCCGUGGAGGUGGUGGUGGCGGCGGCGGCUUCGGCACAUACCAGGAGAUGAUGAUUCCUGGAUCGAAGGUGGGCCUGAUCAUUGGCAAGGGUGGUGAAACGAUCAAGCAGCUGCAGGAAAAGACGGGCGCCAAGAUGGUGAUCAUUCAGGAUGGGCCGGGCCAGGAGAUGGAGAAACCACUACGUAUAUCCGGCGACCCGCAGAAGGUGGAACAAGCGAAGCAACUGGUGUAUGAGCUGAUCCAAGAGAAGGAUGCGUAUUCGCAGCGACCGAACAUGAAUGGGGCCGAGCAGGCAGAAGUGUUCGUGCCGAAGGCGGCCGUCGGUGUGGUGAUUGGCAAGGGUGGAGAGAUGAUCAAGAAGAUUCAGGGUGAAUCGGGAUGCAAGCUGCAGUUCAUGCAAAGCCGUGGUGACGGUCCAGGCGAUAGGCGAUGCAUUGUACAAGGGUCGAAGGCACAAGUUGAGGAAGGCAAACGUAUGAUCGAGGAUCUGAUCGACAGUGUGCUGCGCCGUGAACAGCAGGGCGGUGGAGGUGGGCGCGGAGGUGGCGGAGGUGGUGAUGGUGGUCACGGUGGGCGCGGCGGCAUGGGAGGUAAUCCCAACCAGGAUAAUAACUACAAUAACUACAAUGGGCCACAGGUGACGCGGCUGGAAUACACCUUUACUGUACCGGUAUCGAAAUGUGGCAUUAUUAUCGGACGUGGUGGUGACACGAUCAAACAGAUCAAUCAGCAGUCCGGUGCACACACGGAGAUGGACCGAAAGGCGUCGCAAAAUCAGACGACGGAGAAAACGUUUACCUGUAAGGGCGAGCAGCAUCAGGUGGACGAAGCAAAGCGAUUGAUUCAGGAUAAAAUCAACAUGGAGAUUAACAUGGUGUACGUCGGCUCGACGUCCGUGCCGGUCAAUCAGUACCAGAAUAAUGGGGCUGGUGGUGGCGGAGGUGGCGGAGGUCCUAACGCUUACCAGCAGGGUGGUUGGGGAGGAGGUUAUCAGUCGCAGGGUGGUUGGGAACAUCAGCAGUCGCCUCAAGUAAACGCAGCUUCGGCCGCGGCAGCAGCUGCUGCAGCGGCGGCACAACAACAGCAACAACCACAGGCAGAUUACUCGCAACAGUGGAUCGAGUAUUAUAAGCAAAUGGGAAUGCAUCGAGAAGCAGAACUGAUUGAGCAACAGGUUAAGGCACGUCAGGCAGCCCAAGGAACAAUGGCAGCUAAUCAAAAUGUGCAAGGUCAAACAGUGAUGGGCGCCGCGGGACCCGGAGCACCUCAACAACAGGCACAGCCGCAACAGCAGCAAGUCGGUGGUCAGGCAGAUUACAGUGCAGAAUGGGCUGAAUAUUAUCGACGGAUUGGCAAAAUCGAAGAAGCGGAAGCAAUAGAGAAACAGAUUGCAGCAAAUAAGGCCUUGCAAGCACAGGCCGUUGCGGCAGCGGCAGCAGUGGCGGCAACAGCUGGCGGUAAUCAGCCCGGAGGACCGGGUGGCCCUGGCGGUGGUCAGUAUGGCGGAGGUGGAGGACCGCAGCAAGGACCCGGCGGUUAUGGUGGUCAACAAUACCAGCAGUACUACGGCGGUGGUGGAGGAGGUGGCGGUGGUGGUGGUGGUGGCGGUGGUCAGCCUGGAUACGCAGGUUAUCCUUACGGUGGAGGCUAUCCGGGGCCAGGAGGUGGUGGCUCCCAGAACCAGUCGAAUGCAUCCAAUCAGGACAAGAAUUAAGAAACAAGAGUUGGAAAGCACGCACGGCCCCUUCCACCAAUCGACAAACGACAGCCUUCCAGACAGUGCACCGCGUGUAUCUUUCACAUCAGGAACGAAGAGCUCAAGGAAGAGAAAGUACGAUCAAGAACAAUAUGAUCGGCUUAAUGAUGCGUGUUCGAAGAAAAGCUCUUAUAACCUAACACUACUUCUCUACCAAUACUGCAACCACUACAACAGUGCGAAGUGAAUGGGAACGGCCGACAAACAACAAUUAUAUAAUCCAGCAUAGCAGCAAGUGAAAUAAAUUGAAGUUCGAAGUAAUUAUGAUUAAUCCACAAUCCAAUCUAAAUAAAACUAGUUUUUAGGGAAUACCUAUGAAAUGGUAACGUUUAUAGCAGCGUUAGUAGCAAUAUUAUGUGAACCGAUUAACAGAUAGCGAGAAGCUUUGCAAAGAAAAGGAAAUAGCACAUAUUCAAAUGAAACAUAAGCAAAAUACCCGUUGCUCGGAUCCGGGCAGCAUCAAACACAGCCAACCGAAACGCUACUGACAGGUUGUACAGAGUAGCCUCACUUACUCUUACGAAUCGUCAACGGCGGUUCCGGUUAUGUGGAAAGUGCUGUCGAAGGAGAGGUGUACAGUUUCCGCUUGCCAAUCAAUCUCUGUGUGCAGUUAUUUCGUAGCAUUUUUCCUGAAUCAUGUGUAAAGAACAAUUUAAUUAUAGCUAGCGCGUCGUGUGUCGAAAACAGUUCGAAAUAUAUUACUUCUAUCAUACAGAUAGAAUCACUCUUCCAAAGGCAGGAUAGCACCCGAUCAGUGUCAGUGAUGAAUGUGCGAUGGAUGCGACAGCCACCGUAAGACAAAGGAUGAAAAUGGACUUCAACCGUGUGACUCGAUUCCCAGACUCGCAUGACGUUGAAAGGGAUGUGAGGGUUGUGUAAAUUUGGUGUAGUACUUUGACUUAACUUGAAUUUCGCACACAAGGGAACUGCUAUCACAAUAUCUCGUCGCACUCCACUUAUAAACUGUUGUGUUGAAACAUAUUUGAAAGUGAUACGAAGAUGAUAUGUGCACCGGCACCUUCUCAAAUGUGCUGCCGAAACCUUUCAUCUGUUAGCGCAGUGUCGUCCUUACCUUCCGUUGGUUGUGCUAGCUGAGAAAAGGAAUCGGCAAUUUACACGCACUAAAGGUAAAAAUCUGAGAUAAAUCGCAAACACAUGUAUAAGGGUUUCUUGUGCUCAAAUGACCGAGAAGGAGGCGCUUGGAUUGAGUAAACAUCGACAUUGUAAGUCCUUCAAAUACUAGUUAUAAUGUUAACACACACAGAAAAGAUCAAUGAAACGAAAAAGGGAAUCCAUGCAAGUUGCUCUCUCUAAUAUUACUUGAUGUAUAAAGUGUUCUUUUAUUCAUUGUACCUCAAA